AAGGGGGACAGUGACCUGGGCAUAUAACUGACUCCCCCCCUCCUGUCUUUCCGGCAUCGUGAGGUGCAAGUCUAAAGACAUUGUAUCGUUAUCCAGAGAACAACCAGAGAGAAUAAUCAUCCACCAUGAGUCUCCCAGACGAGUUCGACAUCAUCGUGUGCGGCGGCGGAAGCUGCGGCUGUGUGGUUGCUGGCAGGUUGGCCAACCUUGACCACAAUCUCAAGGUGCUCCUCAUCGAAGCUGGUGAGAGCAACCUCAACAAUCCGUGGGUCUUCCGUCCGGGCAUCUACCCCCGGAACAUGAAACUGGACUCCAAGACCGCAUCGUUCUACGAGUCUCGGAAAUCCGAAUGGCUCGGCGGGCGGAAGGCAGUCGUGCCAUGUGCCCACAUCCUUGGUGGCGGUUCGUCCAUCAACUUUAUGAUGUACACCCGAGCGUCUGCCUCAGACUACGAUGACUUCCAGGCCAAGGGCUGGACCACCAAGGAGCUGCUCCCGCUCAUGAAGAAACAUGAGACAUACCAGAGGCCCUGCCAUGACAAGGACGUCCACGGCUUCGAGGGUCCGAUCAAGGUCUCGUUCGGCAACUACACCUAUCCGAUCAAGGACGACUUCCUGCGCGCAACCGAGUCCCAGGGAAUCCCCACCGUCGACGACCUGCAGGACCUCAAGACUGCCCACGGGGGUGAGCAGUGGCUCAAGUGGAUCAACCGCGACACUGGACGGCGCAGCGACAGCGCCCACGCAUACAUCCACUCCACCCGGGCCGUCCACUCCAACCUCUACCUGGCCUGCAACACCAAGGUCGAGAAGAUCAUCAUUGAGAACGGCCGAGCGGUCGGGGUACAGACGGUCCCGACCAAGCCGCUGCACCCCAACCAGAAGGGGACCCGCAUCUUCAAGGCCAGGAAGCAGAUCGUCGUGUCCGGCGGCACCAUGUCGUCACCCCUGAUCCUCCAGCGCUCUGGAAUCGGUGACCCCAAGAAGCUUGAGGCCGUCGGAGUGAAGCCCAUCAUUGACCUCCCCGGCGUGGGUCUGAAUUUCCAGGACCACUACUUGACCUUCUCCGUCUAUCGCGCCAAGCCCGAGACCGAGAGCUUUGACGAGUUCGUCCGGGGCAAUCCCGAAGUACAGAAGCAGGUCUUUGACGAGUGGGCUCUGAAGGGCACCGGGCCCCUGGCGACCAACGGCAUUGAGGCCGGCGUGAAGAUCCGGCCGACUCCCGAGGAGCUCAAGGAGUUCGAGUCCUGGCCGACACCGCAUUUCAACAGCGGAUGGGAAUCGUAUUUCAAGAACAAGCCGGACAAGCCAGUCAUGCACUACAGCAUCAUCGCCGGGUGGUUCGGAGACCACAUGCUGAUGCCGCCUGGCAAGUUCUUCACCAUGUUCCACUUCCUCGAGUAUCCCUUCUCCCGAGGAAGCACCCACAUCAAGAGCGCCGACCCGUACGAGACCCCCGACUUCGACUGUGGUUUCAUGAACGACGAGCGCGACAUGGCGCCCAUGGUGUGGGGCUACAUCAAGUCCCGAGAGACGGCGCGAAGGAUGGACGCAUAUGCCGGCGAGGUGGAGAACAUGCACCCCUUCUUCGACUACGACUCCCCCGCCCGGGCCCACGACAUGGACCUCGCAACAACCAAGGCCUACGCCCUGCCAGGCAACCUAACGGCGGGCAUCACGCACGGCAGCUGGUCGCGACACCUGCCGGAGCCGGAACGGCAGGCGGGCCCGCAGAUCCUGAGCUCGAACCGCGUGGGUGUGCGCGAGGAAGUCAAGUACGGCAAGCGCGACAUCGAGGCCGUCGAGGACUGGGUCAAGCGGCACGUCGAGAGCACCUGGCACAGCCUGGGCACGUGCUCGAUGGCGCCGCGGGAGGGCAACAGCAUCGUCAAGCACGGCGUGCUGGACGAGCGCCUCAACGUGCAUGGCGUGGAGGGACUCAAGGUUGCGGAUUUGAGCAUCUGCCCGGAUAAUGUGGGGUGUAAUACAUAUUCCACGGCCCUGCUCAUCGGAGAGAAGGCCGCUAUGCUGGUCGCUGAGGACCUGGGCUACUCGGGAGAGGCAUUGGAGAUGAAGGUGCCGACGUACAAUGCUCCGGGCGAGCUUAAACUUCCGUAUCGGCUCUAGGGCCGGAACGGGAAUGACUGGUAACGGGA